AUGGCGUCUGUUCGUUAUAAUGAACGACUGGGUGUCAAGGGUAUUCUGUGCCUCUACAUUAUCGUCAGCAACAGUUUUGCUAUGGGCGCUCUCCGUGACUCUGCUCCGUUGGUAAAUGCAUCACCCGCGACCGCUAUGUUAUCAAGUGCCUCACCAUCGGAUAGAGGCAUUGCAUUCUACGCCAGUGAUAAGGAUUGUUAUGAUAAAAUGAAAGGCAUAAUUAAUUUAUUUUGUUAUGCCGCCCAAUUGUAUUCUGAGUUAUCAGUAAUCUCAUUGGCAAUACCAGACUUUAACACCUCACCUGAAGUGAAAGAAGCCGAGCAAAAGGUAUGUAACAAUUUAAUCAAGGAACUCCAAUGUGUAAUCCGCGGUAGCAAGGAUUACGUGGAAACAAUUGCGAUGUUUGAUCAGUACAAUGCCAUCGUAAGAAGACUUAACGAAACGUGUGUAACGUCGCAGAGGCAAGCUGAAUUAAAAACAACAUUGGAGAAUCUAGAACAACGAUUCGAAGGUAAAAAGCAGUUAGCGUCAUACGUGCUUGCAUACGGCGUUUCCGGGUACUACGAGAAUCACAUAGGACCCGCGGAUGGCUUUAUUAGAAAAUAUAAAUCUUAG